AUACUAAGUUUUUCUGUGGUCAUGUUAUUAGUUGUUUUGGCGGUGGCUACUGUUGUAGCAGUUGUCUUAUAUCGGAUGUCCGUUCUUGCAGCUUUAAGCGUUUACCAAGAUCGCGUAACGACGAGCGCAGCUUUGUUCUUCAGCACAAGUACAGCUGCAUCUAUAAAUUUAUGCUGCAUUCUCGUGUUCAAUUGGAUUUACACAUUCGUUGCCCAAUAUUUGACAGAAAUGGAAUUCCUGCGGACACAAACGGAAUUCGACGAUUCACUCACCUUAAAAAUAUAUUUGUUACAAUUUGUUAAUCAUUACGCAUCAAUCUUUUAUAUUGCGUUCUUCAAAGGAAAAUUUAUCGGAUCACCUAGAAAGUAUAACAAAAUUUUUAAAAACAGACAAGAGGAGUGCGGACCUGAAGGUUGCUUGAUGGAGCUUUGCAUACAGUUAGCAAUUAUCAUGAUUGGCAAGCAAGCUAUGAACACUGUUCUAGAAAUGCUUUUCCCGCUAUUUUACAAGAAAUUGAACACGUGGAAAGUGAAGAUUGGAUUGCAGAAAGAUCAGUCUCCAAUAAAUAAAGAGAAACAGCCUCAGUGGAUCAAGGAUUUCAAAUUAGUCGAAUGGGGGCCGCGAAGUCUGUUUCCUGAAUAUUUAGAGAUGGGUUACACCAUGCCAGGUACAAUUUAAAUUCGGAUAAUAUUGUUUAAAUAGUCAAUUUAAGUUAUGUAAUAUACGUGUGUCUUGAGUCCGUCCUUGAUUUUAACGA